AGAGCGCGCGCGCGUGUGUGUGUGUGUGUGUGUGUAUAGCGCGUGCGUCGGACCUCGAAAGCGCAGACUCCUGUUCGCUCGCGCACACACACUCACACAACAACAAUGCAAGAAACUGUACGCUUUUGAGUGCGCAACUUGGAUCUCUUUUUUAUUUGUUUGUUUCUUUCUUUUUUUUGCACGGGCGUAGGGAUACUAAAGGAACCGCGCAUGCAUGACAUGACGUGCCAAGAUAUGACGUGAGCAUGAUUAUGACGUGGUGAAUCCCGAGCGCGAGGAAGGCGAGGUUAUUGAUUUAUACAACUCAACUCAACUCAACAUAACGCAGCACUUUUUUCCCUACACGCAGUUCCUUCAAAAUGCGUUGCGACCAAACUUCCAGAUGAAUUGAGAAGAUAUGGGAAGAUCUAGGAAUGGAGAAAAGCAUAGAUUCCUAAAGUCCUGAGGGGAAGGAUUGGCCAUCGCUGAUGAUAGUUAGUCUCAGGUGGCUACCAAGGCAACGCCUGAUGCUCAGCUGGCUAGGCUUGGCUCAGGGACAUUACGUGCUGCUCAGUGAGAGGAAGGUCUUUAAGUGGAGCACUUUGGAGGGGAACAGCACACAUUCAGGAUAGUGUUUGUCAGGGUACAGGAUGAGUUGUGGCAGCAGAGAUCUGGAUGACUCAGGAGUGGAAGAGGGGCCCAGGGAAGAGCCAGAGGAGGAUGACGAGCCCAAAGUGUGCCAAGUGUGUGGAGAUACAGCUACAGGAUACCACUUCAAUGCCAUGACCUGUGAGGGCUGUAAAGGAUUCUUCAGACGUGCCAUGAAGGGUACACCUAAUUUCCGCUGCGCGUUUCAGAACAAAUGCAUCAUCACCAAGAGCAAUCGACGUCAGUGCCAGUCCUGCCGGCUACAGAAAUGUCUUUCCAUCGGCAUGCUGAAGGAACUGAUAAUGUCAGAUGAGGCUGUGGAGAAACGGAGGAUGAUUAUCCGAAAGAAAAGGUUGACCGAGGAACCUACCGUGCUCACGCAAGAACAAGAAAACAUCAUUCAGGAGCUGCUCAUGGCUCAUGCAAAAACCUUCAACAGGACCUUUUCCGACUUCAGACAGUUCCGGCCGCUUGACCGUGAUGAGAACACUAGGGUGGCCGAGAGGAACGAGGAGGUGGAUGACGCCAGAGAGAACACCAGCAGGCUUGACUCCUCCUUUUGCAGCAUGCUCCAAACUAAGCAAACCGAAGACAAAAAACUGCAGUUCACCAAUCUUCCUCAUAUUACAGACCUGAGCACCUAUAUGAUCCAGAACAUCAUCAGCUACGCCAAGCUUAUCAAAACCUUCAGAGCUCUGACAAUAGAGGAUCAGAUCUCUUUGCUGAAAGGUUCUGCAUUUGAGAUCACUCAAAUGCGCUUCAACAUGCUGUUUAACGAACAGACAGGGAUCUGGGAAUGCGGCUCACUGAAGUACUGCAUGAACGAUGCCGAGCGUGCUGGAUUUCAGCACCACCUUUUGGACCCUCUCAUGAAGUUCCAUUACACACUGCGCAAGCUGCACUUACACCAGGAAGAGUAUGUCCUGAUGCAGGCGAUUUCACUCUUCUCACCAGACCGGCCAGGUGUGACGCAACACAGAGUGAUUGAUGAGCUUCAGGAGAUAUUCGCAAUCACGCUAAAGACCUACAUAAGUGUGAAGCGGAGCGGCCCAGAGAAACAAUUGCUUUUCCCAAAAAUCAUGGCUUGCCUGACUGAAAUGAGGACUAUGAACGAGGAGCACACUAAACAAGUGUUGCAGAUUCAGGACAUCCAGCCUGAAAUGUCUCCCCUCGUUCUGGAGAUCGUGAGCCGACCAUGCUGACACUGGUCCCAGAGGUAACGCCUCAGAAACGACAACCCUCACGGGCGCCGAUUUCUUCGGACGUCCAUGGUACAAACGGACGUGCAUGUGUUGUGCGCGAACGCAGCAUUCCAGCAGCUUUGCCAUUACCAUUACUCGAGUACGCUCAUCCGAAAAGGUACACUCUGAAGAUUAGAGAACAGGAACGCAUGGUGACAUCACCAGCGAGUGCCUAUUAUCUGAGCUCUUUAGUCCAGUGUAACUGAGAAUGGUCCAUUUGGUCAUGGUCAUGACCCAUUCAAAUUCACACAUGGAAGAAUUACAGGGGAAAAUAUACAUGCUUUCAUUUGUAUCAAAUGAAAUAUUCUUUAAACAGUUCCAUACAAUAUCAAUGUGAAUAAAAUGUUGGUCAUAACCCAGUUUGGCUAAAAGGUGGUUGGGAAUGUAAGCAAGUCCUCUGCCUUGUAUAGGCGGAGCUCAAGGAAAGAGCCAGAGAUUAAAACCGUUACAUACAUCAAGCAUUUGCUAACAUUAAUGUAACUCAGGAUGGC